UAUGCUAUACCAAUUUGAAAGUACUCUCUUUCAAGCAGAAUUCUUAGAAAAGUUUCCAAGUAUAGAAGAAUAGCCUUUUUUUUAUAAAUAUAGAGCAAGAACAUUAUUAUAAUAAUUAUUGUAAAAGACUUAAGACCCUUUAUAAUAAGCUAUCAUUCAUUAUUAAUUAGGUGUCAAUUAUCUAGAUUGUGAAGAAAAUGGUGAAUGUAUUUUUUUAAUUUCUAAUCAAUCUAGCUAGAAAGAAUAUGGCGAAAUCAUUAUAAUUAUUUUCAUAGAUUGAAAACAUUGAAAAUUACUUAACAUAUAUUUAAUCCAUCUAUAAUCAUUUAGGAUUUUUAGCAGUUAAUUUAGAUGAUAAUGAAAUUGGUUUAGCAAUUUUAGCUAAAGCUGAACGAUUAGGUGAAUAUCUGAUAACAAAAGGAGAUUUUACAAAAAAAGCAUUUAGGUUACAAGGAGGAUUCGAGAAAGCACAGGAAUUUUACACAAUCACGUUAUUUUACAUUGCAUAAGCAUAUACAAAACUUGGAAUCAAAGACAAAGUAUAUUCUAAAUAUUGAAUUCAUUUAGGCUGCUUUUUAUUGUGGUUAGACUAUGUUAAGAUAAUUCAAAUCUUAAACUUAUGAAUUAAGAGAUUUUGUUAUUAAUUGCAUAUCCUUAUCUGAGUAUUAUUCAAGCGUUAUGAACUUUGCCUAGGCUUUUUAUCUUCUUUUAGUAGGAGAGACAGUCAUUCCAGAAGGAAAAAGAAAAAAAUUGUAUUUCAUUUAUUUAUAAUGUUAGACGUGCCACCUUACAAAUGGCAUAAGGGAAAGUUAUUUCAGAUAUGAUGUCAUAUUGUGUUGAUUGUAUCAAGAGUAAUCAAUAAAAUGACCCUAGUCUUUCUAAAUUAUUUAAUAAAUAUAGUAUCACAUUUGAUGGUCUUAAUGUGAAACAAUUAGUAUUUUAUAUUUUUAAUAUCCUUAGAUCUUCUAACCUAGUAAAACAUUUGAUGAAAUCAAAUCUUUAUUUAGAUAAGCAAAUACUUUAUAUAAAAAAGCCAUGUCUAUUUUUGUUUUAGAUGGAUUUGUAACUGAACAUAUCCAAAUGCUUAGUGAAAUCUCAAUAAUGUAUAAAGUUAUUAUGAGUCUUGAAACUGAUCCGAAUAAUAUCAUUGCAUUUUUAGAAAAACGAUUAGAUUUAUUAUUUNUAUUCAUUUAUAUAUGCUAUACCAAUUUGAAAGUACCCUCUUUCAAGCAGAAUUCUUAGAAAAGUUUCCAAGCAUUGAAGAAUAGCCUUUUCUUUAUAAAUAUAGAGCAAGAACAUUAUUAUAAUAAUUAUUGUAAAAGACUUAAGACCCUUUAUAAUAAGCUAUCAUUCAUUAUUAAUUAGGUGUCAAUUAUCUAGAUUGUGAAGAAAAUGGUGAAUGUAUUUUUUUAAUUUCUAAUCAAUCUAGCUAGAAAGAAUAUGGCGAAAUCAUUAUAAUUAUUUUCAUAGAUUGAAAACAUUGAAAAUUACUUAACAUAUAUUUAAUCCAUCUAUAAUCAUUUAGGAUUUUUAGCAGUUAAUUUAGAUGAUAAUGAAAUUGGUUUAGCAAUUUUAGCUAAAGCUGAACGAUUAGGUGAAUAUCUGAUAACAAAAGGAGAUUUUACAAAAAAAGCAUUUAGGUUACAAGGAGGAUUCGAGAAAGCACAGGAAUUUUACACAAUCACGUUAUUUUACAUUGCAUAAGCAUAUACAAAACUUGGAAUCAAAGACAAAGUAUAUUCUAAAUAUUGAAUUCAUUUAGGCUGCUUUUUAUUGUGGUUAGACUAUGUUAAGAUAAUUCAAAUCUUAAACUUAUGAAUUAAGAGAUUUUGUUAUUAAUUGCAUAUCCUUAUCUGAGUAUUAUUCAAGCGUUAUGAACUUUGCCUAGGCUUUUUAUCUUCUUUUAGUAGGAGAGACAGUCAUUCCAGAAGGAAAAAGAAAAAAAUUGUAUUUCAUUUAUUUAUAAUGUUAGACGUGCCACCUUACAAAUGGCAUAAGGGAAAGUUAUUUCAGAUAUGAUGUCAUAUUGUGUUGAUUGUAUCAAGAGUAAUCAAUAAAAUGACCCUAGUCUUUCUAAAUUAUUUAAUAAAUAUAGUAUCACAUUUGAUGGUCUUAAUGUGAAACAAUUAGUAUUUUAUAUUUUUAAUAUCCUUAGAUCUUCUAACCUAGUAAAACAUUUGAUGAAAUCAAAUCUUUAUUUAGAUAAGCAAAUACUUUAUAUAAAAAAGCCAUGUCUAUUUUUGUUUUAGAUGGAUUUGUAACUGAACAUAUCCAAAUGCUUAGUGAAAUCUCAAUAAUGUAUAAAGUUAUUAUGAGUCUUGAAACUGAUCCGAAUAAUAUCAUUGCAUUUUUAGAAAAACGAUUAGAUUUAUUAUUUCCUGUUUUUAAUACUAUUAAUCCAAAAGCUUAUUAAAAUACUUUUGAAAAAUUAUUAGUUGAAAUUGCAGAAAUUAAUAAUGAAUUGUAUGAAUUCAUAAUUAAAUUUAAUGAAAUCGAUGAUUUCUCUGGAGGCAAAAGUAAAAAAUUGACUGAAAAAAUGAACAAAGCUUGUCUUAAUACUAUCUAAUAUUAUGAAAAAAUAGUCGAAUAAUUAAAAUAACUUGAGGAAAAAUAGAGAGACUCAGCUUAUUAUUCAUCAAUAACUACAGCUUAUUUUAAUAUUGCCAAAGCCUAAUCUAAAUACUUCUCUAAAGAUAAGAAAAUUAAGGUUACAUAUCUAGUUAAUUCGUUAAAUUAGUACAAAUAGUUGGUUUAAUUUAUUAAUCAAUAAAAUCAACAAAAUGAAUUUUAAGCUGUUCUCUAGAUGUGCAAAGAAAUGAUAUCAAUUUUACCAUCUAAAAUUGAUAAAAUUAAUUACAUGUGA